CUUGAUUUAACUCGUGUUGGAGGAAAACUAUUUUAAGCUAUCUAGUCUUUAGCAUAUAGAAAGGGAUAUUUCUAGUUUUACUCAAUAUGGAUGAAAUAUAUAAAUGGACAAUUUUGGCACUCGUAGCAGUUCUCUCGUUGAUUGGUGUGGCAGAAAGUAGUUGCGAAUAUGGGGGAACCACCUUCGCCACUAACCAUACAUUCCUAAAGGAUGACAUGUGUAACGACUGCACCUGCUUGGAGAACACGAAAUGGAGGUGUACAACCAUGAACUGUUCAACCUUUACCUGCUCAUAUGGUAAUCAAAUAUACAAUCUAGGAGAUAGAUUCGGCGUCGAAUGCAACACGUGUGAUUGUCAACGCUCAGGUGCUUUAUGCUCAAACAUUGAUUGUUACAGCUCGGGAACUUCAACAAAGCCAGUCGUAGUUAUUUCAACCCUGACAAUGACGUCACUCAUAUUUAUACAACACUUUCUGAAUCUUUAACCAAUGCACGGCCAAUCUAGUCCCCGAGCUGCUCCAAAAAUUGAGGUGUCGUUAUUGUCCAGUACCACAAAAAAUGAACAUACUGUUUGAAAGUAGUUUACGAUAACAGGGAAUUUUGCCUUUAAAAUGGCGUCAUACAAGGUUGCCUUCUAAACAAAACUUUUUUAUAUAUUUAAAAAAAAUUCCACAUACAUUUAAACUGCAUUUCAAAAAAGAAUCGAGUGCUUUUGAUCAACAAGAGAAUAUAGAAUUUGGAAAAUGUCAAAUAGAUGGUCCCCACAGGAUGCAAACGUAUUUAGUAUUAUCAUGUAAAUGAGC